ACCAGGAAGUGAAUGCGGAAGUGCGGGCAGAGCUCACACUGUACACAUUACAGGCAUUGUGUCCGGUAGAGGAAAACGGGGGAGGGGCUGUACGGUACACCGGAGGCUGCUGAGAGUCCAGGCCGAGCCCCGCACAUGACACACCAGGAUGCGUCCCAGCACAGGACCAGCUGGCCUCCCCCUUCACACGCACAGAGCUGCGGACCCUGGGAGAUGAAGGAGCGUCUGGGGACCGGGGGGUUUGGUUAUGUCCUUCGCUGGCAUAAUAGGGAAAACGGGGAGGAAGUGGCCAUCAAACAAUGCCGGCAGGAGCUGAGCCCAAAGAACAAGGAGAGAUGGUGCUUAGAAAUUCAGAUUAUGAAAAAACUUAAUCAUAAGAAUGUGGUUUCUGCUCGCGAGGUGCCAGAAGGUUUACAAAAACUGGCACCCAAUGACCUUCCUCUUCUGGCUAUGGAGUUCUGCUUGGGAGGGGACUUGCGCAAGCACUUGAAUCAAUAUGAAAAUUGUUGUGGGCUAAAAGAAGGAUCGAUCCUUACUCUCCUGAGUGAUAUCUCUUCGGCUCUGCGGUAUCUCCAUGAGAAUAGAAUUAUCCACAGAGAUCUGAAGCCGGAGAACAUCGUGCUGCAGCAAGGGGAGGGCAGGCUGAUUCAUAAGAUAAUAGACUUGGGGUAUGCCAAGGAACUGGACCAGGGCAGUCUCUGCACCUCCUUUGUGGGCACCCUGCAGUAUCUGGCCCCGGAAUUAUUGGAACAGCAGAAGUACACGGUCACUGUGGAUUACUGGAGUUUCGGCACCCUGACGUUUGAAUGUAUUACAGGAUUUCGGCCUUUUCUUCCCAACUGGCAGCCAGUGCAGUGGCAUGCAAAGGUACGAGAAAAAAGCAAUGAACACAUUGUGGUGUACGAAGAUCUGUCAGAAUCAGCGAGGUUCUCCAGUGUUCUGCCAACGCCCAAUCACCUGAACCCGGUCCUGGCUAGUAAACUAGAGCGUUGGCUGCAGUGCAUGUUAAUGGCACACCCCAGACAAAGGGGCACGGAUCCCCAAAAUCCAGAUGUUGGCUGUUUCCAAGCCUUGGAUGCCAUUCUUAACCUUAAGCUGCUGUCCGUACUGAACAUGGUGACUGGCCGCGUGCACAUGUACCCGGUGACCGAAGGGGAGACCCUGCAGUCUCUGAAGAUCCGCUUACAACAGGACACGGGAAUUCCAGAGGACGAGCAAGAGCUAUUGCAGGCGUCAGGGCUGGCCCUGAAUCCCCACCAGCCUCUCAUCCAAUACGUAGCAGACAGCAUGGUCAGUGACAGUCGCCAGGGGGAAUGUGACCUGAUAUUUCUCUUUGAUAACCGGAAGACAAUGUAUGAACCCCAAAUUUCACACCGCCCUCAUCCUGAUAACGUCGCCUACGUGUUGCAGGACCCCAAACCCCCCCUGACCUACGUGCAGCUCCGCAGAGUGUGGGGACAGAUCUGGCACACAAUACGAAUGCUGAAAGAGGACUGUGCCAAGCUGCAGAUGGGACAACGUGCCACCAUGGUGAACCUACUACGAUACAACACGGAGCUUUCCAAAAAGAAGAAUCUGAUGACCUCAGAGUGCGAGCAGCUAAAAGCCAAACUGGAUUUCUUCCGCAGCAGUAUCCAGAUUGAUCUAGAAAAAUAUAGCGAGCAGAUGGAGUUUGGCAUCACCUCUGAAAAGCUGCUGUCUACAUGGAGAGAGAUGGAGGAGGCAGUGGAGCUGUGUGGGAGGGAGCAGGAAGUACAGCAGUUGGUGGAGAAAAUGAUGGCCUUGCAAACAGACAGUGUGGAUCUGCAAAGAAAUCCGCUGGGCAGGAGGCACCGUGGGACUCUGGAUGACAUGGAGGACCAGGCCAGGGAUCUUUACAGGAAGCUACGAGAGAGGCCGAGAGAUCAGAGGACAGGAGGGGACAGCCAAGAGAUGGUGCGCCUCCUCCUCCUGGCGAUCCAGAGCUUUGAGAAGAGAGUUGUUUUAAUUUAUGACCAGCUCAGUAAAACAGUGCUGUGUAAGAGGAAAGCUCUGGAGCUGGCUCCCCGGGUGAAGGAGGUUAUGAACUUGAUGAGAGAAGAUGAGAAGAUGGUGGCGAGGAGACAGGAGAAGAGACAGCAGGAGCUGUGGGACCUACUCAGGAUCGCUUGUAGCAAAGUGCGAGGUCCAGGAAUCGCCCCUCCUGUCCAGGAGAGUGUAAAGAAAAGCGAGGAUCUACUUUCAGAGUCACGUAGGCUGUGCGGAGACCUGGAGUCUUCUGUGAGAAGCUUAAUGGCAGAGCCAGAUUCCAGUCUUAUGUCAUUUGAUUGGUCAUGGCUCCCUCCACAGGAAGAGGAAGCAGGAGGCGGAUGUCAGAUCACAGCAACGUGAGGCUCCCCAGCCACGGCAAAGGAUUACAAGCGGACAUUUGUGCCUUUUUAAUAUGUACAUGUCUCCCUUAGACAGCGGAGGCAGGCUAAACCUUAG